AUGGCUCUGCGAGUGGCGCGGAGCGUGCAGGCCGCAGUCUGCAGCCUGCAUGCCAUCUCUGCGCCCAACGUGCCCUGCCCGCCGCGGCCCUGGGGACUGCGAGCGCACACCAUCAGGGCACAGCACACUGGACCGGCUCUGCUGUCGGGUCAUAAAUUCACAGACACACAUGAAUGGUUAACAACAGAAAACGGUGUUGGAACAGUGGGAAUCAGCAAUUUUGCACAGGAAGCUUUGGGAGAUGUUGUUUACUGUAGUCUGCCUGAAGUUGGGACAAAAUUGAACAAACAAGAGGAAUUUGGUGCUUUGGAAAGUGUGAAAACUGAUAGUGAACUCUAUUCUCCUCUAUCAGGAGAAGUAACUGAAAUUAAUGAAGUUCUAGCAGAAAAUCCAGGACUUGUCAACAAAUCUUGUUAUGAGGAUGGUUGGCGGAUCAAGAUGACACUCAGACCUAGAUGA